AUGUGUAAUAAAAAGUGUUCAGUUAGUGUGAGCAAUAAUUCUAUUUAUAUAAUGCAGGGUGGCUUUAUUAGUAUAUAUUCAAUAGAGAAUAUGAAGGAAAUAACCCGAAUUAACCCUAAAAUAGAAUUUGAUAAAUUUAUGCUAAUUAACGAGUAUAUGUACAUUAUUAUAGGAGAGAGUGUAUAUUAUAAUACACAAUGUAUAAAAAGUAAUGAACAAUUUAUAGAACAGUGUGUAAUAAGUAAUGAGCAAUGUGUAAAAAGUAAUGAGCAGUGUGUAAUAAGUAAUGAACAAUUUAAGUUUAUAGGGCGUAUACAGUGUAAUACAUAUCCAGAUAUGUAUAUUUAUAAGGAUAAGUUAUUCUUAUAUAAGUAUGAUAACGUAUCUGGUACUAUUUCUGUGUAUAAUGAUAAUACUGUGAGUACAUUAGAUAUAACCCGAUCUAACCCUAUAUUUAUUAUAAUAGAUUGUGUAAUAUAUUAUAUUAACAAUUACGGGUUAUAUCAGUAUGAUAUGAUAACCCGAGUAACCCAAGAAAUAAUUUCAGGUUCUAAAAUUCCCAAAGCGGAAAUAUUUUCACUUGAGAAGACUGAAAAAUAUUUUAUAAUUGGCACGAGUGCAUUACUUUUAAUAUAUUGUAUACAAAGUAAUGUGCUAAGGCGGGUUACGUGGCACUCAUCUCCUGUUAUAUUUAUACAGCGAGUAGCCGGCGACUUAAUUAUAUCACAGGCCAGGAAUGGGAAUAUUUUACUGACUGAUUGUGACUCACUUAGUAAUACGUUUAUUACUGUUGAUUAUUCCCUAAUUAGAGAAAAUUUUAAAGGAAAGUCCGUUAUAGACAGGAAAAUUUUUAUUACCAAAUCGGGAUAUAUAGUAAUUAAAACAAAAACCAUGAUUAAGGUGAUAAACAUACCCAGUAAGGUGUGUGAGUAUGUUUAUUUAUUAGAGAAUUCCAGGAAGCACUUAGAAAUACCUGAAAUAGAAGAAGAGGAGGAGAAGUUUUUACCAAAUUUUAAUGAAAAUCCAGAAAAACGGUUUAUUACCAAAUUAGACAGUAAAAAUUUUUACGUACCUGAAUCCACUGUGUAUCAUUUAGACAAUGCAUUAGUAUUUACUACGGAUGGUGUUAUAUACCGCGUGAUGAAAGAGUUAGUCACGAUAGAAGACUUUUUCUAUUCAAACGGCCAUAUUCUUAUUUUUAUAACAGAAGAUGAAGAAAAGUCCGUUAUAACUGAAAAAUUUUUAUCAAAAAUUUCAGACAAAAAAACCGCCAAAUUAUACAAAUUAGGCAAAAACCGUGUUGAGCGAGUAUUUUAUGGGUGCAUUGAAUUAGACGGCAUGAGGAUAACUGAAAUGGAAGUAAUUACUGAUGACCGGGUCAUAUUAAGUCUAGCAGACGGCGAGUCACAGUGCACUACCAGGUCGUAUGAGUAUAAGGACAUGACUAUAUACACAUAGUAUAAUAAGUUAUACAGGGUAAGACUUUAAACU